UACAUAAGGGUUUAUUAACAAGCUUGAGCUCGGGUCCAAGUAUACCCGACACAGUGAAGCAGGGACUUGGACCCUGAGGUGGGUUACAGCUGGGUUUCUAUGGGCUGGUCUAGGGGUAAGGUGGGGUUUUUCAGUAAGGGUGGGGGUGUGAGAAUCUUCAGUAAAGAGGUCUCACAAGCUCUUGCUUCCUUACUCUGAUAAGGGCAUGCUUUGUGGGUUUUUUCUGUAGCUGGGGUAAAGUAGAGUUCAGUACCUGGUCACAGUGGCCUGAGAUGGCUGCCAAAGGUACAAUGGCUGUACUUGUGCCAAUGUUAAACUUGAAUGGCCCUAAUUUUCUCGGCCUCCACAGGACUAGAUGUGAGGGACUAAAGAACCAGAGCUCACUGCCCCGGGUGCCAUGGAUCAAGGCCUCAAACGAAGUUGCAUCAGGCGAGGGAUCCCAUCUCUGCUCCUCGUGUUUUGGCACAUAGUAUGGAUUCGGUACUAAAAGUCGGAUGAACGGGGGCAGCCGGGCUGGCUCAGCGGUUUAGCGCCGCCUUCAGCCCAGGGCGUGAUCCUGGAGACCCCGGAUCGAGUCCCACGUCGGGCUCCCUGCAUGGAGCCUGCUUCUCCCCCGCCCCCCCCCCGUAUCUGUCUCUCAUAAAUAAAUAAACAAAUAAACAAAUAAAUAAAUAACAUCUUUAAAAAAAAUAAAGGUCGGAUGAACCAUAGAUUUGGAGGGGAAACCAAACAGGAGCUCAGUUAUCUGUUCUUUCUUCUCAAGAGGGGAAACACCUCCAAAAACAGAGUCUCGGCCAAGCAUCCAUGUUCACCCUACUUCUACAUCUCCCUUUGUCUGUGUCCCGUAGGUUCUCCUCAGCGCUCGGCUGCCCCUCAGCUCAAGAACACACCUCCUUCCCCAGGGGCCUUGCGCAAUCAGUGGCCCGAGUAGGUGCUUCACGAAGAUCGACUUCCACAAGGGCGUUUUAUGGUGCUAAAAAAGAAGCCACUGGGGGGCGAGCUGGCACCAGCGGAGCACUGGCUGCGCACGAGCCAGCCCUCUCUCACCGCGCGGGGCGGAUCCUGUGCGUCCCGACCCACAACGGCGCCCGCUCGAGCGCUACUAGAUAGAGGGGUGGGGCUUGGCUACCGAGCAUGGACGGAAGUUGCCGAGAGUCCUCGGGGGCUUUGACCACGCCCCGUCGGCCUUGCCAGGAGGCGGAAGUAACCGAUUAGCGCCGGAAGUUGCCCCGCGCGGCCUGUGAGUGUUCGUAAGUGGCGCGGGGCGCCGGUUGCCAUGGAGCCGGCCGGGCCCUGCGGGUUUUGCCCGGCCGGGGAGGCCCAGCCCGCGCGCUACACCUGCCCUCGCUGUAAUGUGCCCUACUGCUCCCUGCGCUGCUACCGGGCGCAUGGCACCUGCGCCGAAGACUUCUACCGGGACCAGGUGCUGGGAGAGCUUCGCGGCCGCAGCGCCUCGCCCAGCCGUCUGGCCAGCGCCCUACGCCGGCUGCGUCAGCAACGCGAGACCGAGGACGACCCCGAGGACGCAGGCCUCAGGCCUGGCCCGGCGCCAGGCGGGCCCUCCAGACUCUGGGAGCUACUGGCCCCGGCAGAGAAGGUGGCCUUCGAGCGGCUGCUGAAUCGUGGCGAGGCCGGGCGGCUGCUGCCCCCAUGGAGGCCGUGGUGGUGGGGCCGUGGGGCUGGGCCGCGGCUUCUGGAGGAGGUGGAUGAUGCUGCGGACCGUGACCCUGCGGAGCUGGAGCCCACCCCCGCGAGGACGCCCCCGGAACCCGUGAAGGAGGCCGCCGCUGAGCCUUUUCUCGAAGACCCUCCCGAGGCCUGCGCGCCCUCCGUGCCCACCCGGAUCCCCGUGCUGGCCAGUCUGAGCCGCGGCCGGGCCUCGCCACUCGUGCGCUUCCAGCUGCCCAAUGUGCUGUUCGCCUAUGCGCACACUCUCGUCUUCUAUCACGGCGGCGACGAAGCACUGCUCUCUGACUUCUGUGCCACACUGCUCGGCGUUUCCGGAGCCCUGGGUGCGCAGCAAGUCUUCGCCUCUGCUGAGGAAGCCCUGCAGGCCGCAGCCCAGGUGCUGGAAGCAGGCGAGCAUCCGCCUGGUCCCCUGGGCACACGGGGUGCCAUGCGCGAAGCCGCCCGCAUCCUGAUGGGUGAAAGCCCCGCCAACCGGAAAGGCUACACGCUGGCAGCCCUGGGGCACCUGGCACAGACCCUGAGCCAGGCCCGGAAGCAAGCUGUGGCUACGGAAGAGCGAGAUCGCCUCUAUCGGGCGCGGAAGAAGUGCCAGUUCCUGUUGGCUUGGAGCAAUGAAAAUGAGGUGGCCCUCACAUCCCUGGCUCUAGAUUGUGCAAGGGCCCAUCGAGCCCAUGCUGUGGCGGCUGAGGAGGUGGUAGCCCUCACCGAGGAGUUGGAGCAGCUUUGGGGAGGACCCCUGCCACCUGCUCCAAGAAUUCUCAUUGAGGAGCUCCCUGGCUGAACUGGGAUCUCUUUGUCAUUAAUAAAGCUGCGACUGGUCUUCCCUGUCA